AUGCCUUCUACUCCCAUCAAACUUAAGCCUACCUUGUCCUUGCUGCUGGUGGCCACCAGCAGCAAGGACAAAGCCCAGCUGCUGGCCACCCUUUUCGCCGGAAAGAUGGAGGUGGACGACCCUGAAAGGUCACCGCCUCUUCUGGAGCAGCAGUGCAGAGAGACUGUAACGAAGGAGGAGAUGAUGCAGGGGCUUGUCGAGCGUCUGCUGCAGGGGCUCGAUGUACAAAAAGCUACCGGUCCCGACAACAUCAGCCCGCACGUUCUGAAACAAUGUGCCCGCGAGCUGGCUGUACCCCUCACCACAGUCUUCUCUGCCUGCUUAUGGGAAAAUACCUGGCCCUUAGUGUGGAAAGAGGUCCGGGUAGUUCCCGUACAGAAGAGGAGCUCCAGAUCUGACCCCAAAAAUUAUCGACCCAUCUCCCUGCUCUCUGUGGUGGGGAAAGUGUUCGAGAGAAUGGUGGCAGAUGUGGUGUGUCGCCACCUCCAGGACAAUUACCUCCUCUCGGACCAACAGUUUGGGUUCAGCCCUGGGCGGUCCACCUUCGAUCUCCUCAUGCUCCUCACCGGGGACUGGCAGGACGCCCUUGACGGCGGCCUCGACUCUGUUGUGGUGGCCCUGGAUAUAGCAGGAGCCUUCGACAGGGUCUGGCAUGGGGGCCUUCUGGAAAAGCUGAGGGCAAAGGGGAUCCAGGGUGACCUCCUUCAGCUCCUUGGCGACUACCUCCAAGGAAGGACCCUCCAGGUCGUUGUCAAUGGUGUGCGUGCUGCUGAAGAGAUCAAUCAGCAGCUUGGGGUGAUACAGGAGUGGGGGGCACGCUGGCAGGUGACCUUUGCUCCGGAGAAGACCCAGGUAAUGGUAGUUUCUCGAUCCCCCGCUGCCGAGCUAGCAGUGGAGGGAGGGCUAAGCUUUGGUGGCCUUCCUCUCAAACUCCACGAGUCCGUCAAGAUUCUAGGGGUGGAGGUGGAUCGAGGGCUGCGCAAGCUCGACGGCAUCCAGCGACGGGCGCUGCGACUGGUGGAAGCAGCAGGUGCCCCAGCCCACCCUGAGGCUCCCGUCAACACGCUAGAACACCGCAAGGACGUGGCGGCUCUUGUGGUGUUCCAGAAGGCACAGGUGCAGGGUGUGCCACAUCUGGCGGGACUACGGCUCUCCACCAGAUUAUGGAUGGAUACCUUUGUCUCUACACAAUGUAAAGAUAACCUGCAGUUCCUGCUGAAAGCAUCAGCUUCCUGGGACCCGGACUGGCACGACUACCUGUUGACAGUGUUGAUUGUUAGGGUCACCCUGGUGUUCGUGGGCGUGGGUGAGGACUGUACCUAUGGCUCCCCCGGCUCCGGCAGCAUGGAGCGGGCCUUCCAGACCCACACCCUGUACCACCUCCACGGAUGA